CAGCAGUAGAUGUGGUGACUUGGAAAUGUUAUGACACAUUUUGCAUAAUUUCAUCCUGACUGGCAAAUACUGGCAGACUCAUGUCUCCUCCUCGACUGACUGGUGCGUUGCGCUCCUUCUCCAAUGUCAGCAGGCAGGAGGAUUUCACGGAGGAGGUGUAUGAUCUAAAGGCUAAGCGACUGAAAAGACAGGAGCGAUUUUCCAGAGAGGGGUUAACAUGGCAGAAGAUAGUCCAGUUCUUCACACAGCACCUGGAGAAGAAAGAACAGCAGACUGCAACUCAAGAACUGAAGAACAUCCUACAAGCUGCCAAACAGAUAGUGGGUACAGAUUUCGGUCAGGAGGCCAUUGAAAGCGCUGCUGUGUUCCUAUUCAAGACAUUCUAUAGCAAAGACCAAGUGGGCCAUGAGGAGACCCGGGCCAUUAAGCAGAUGUUUGGGCCAUUCCCGGCUUCUGCCGCAGAGGCGUCUUGCGCCGCCGUGGGCAAGGUGGUGGCGCAGGUGGGCGAGUCCCUAGUGGAGGCAUUCGUCCAGACCCAGAGCUCCAGCAAGACCCCGGACCGCGGGGAACCCUUCGGCCGCAACAUUGCCUUCUCCUUUGACACCUAUGUUCUGGACUCCCAAGACACGCUCCCCUGGCUGGAGGAAUCAGAAGAAGAACGGGGCCUGGAUUUCCAUAGCCUCUUGAGUAACCACAUGAGCGGGAAGAAGAACGGCGCAGAGAGAAGCGGAACGCAGCUUGCGGCAUCUCCGGUCCAGAGCGCCUCAGACAGCUCCGUUCUCAGAGGGGAGGUGGAGAAGUAUUUAAGCGGUGGAAACAUGGGCUCGUCCAGCGCUGAGGAGCUCUGCACGUCCCUGUUUGAAAUGCUGGCUUCCCACAAAAGUGACGACGAGCUGCAGAAUGAGCUGUUUGAGUUGCUGGGCCCUGAGGGAUUUGAGAUGAUCUCUACUCUUCUUCAAAGAAGGUCAGGCAUUGUAAACUCUCUCCUGGCUGCCCCUCCUGACAGCAGACUCAACCAGCCGCCAGACGGCGUCUAUAAAGGGAGCGCGGAGACCAGUAAGCCUGCGUAUGGCUGCCAGGUGACCAUUCAGUCCGAGCAAGAGAGACAGAUGAUGAAACACUACAGACGAGAAGAGAAGCGCGAAAGGAAGAGAGAGAAGCGAGGGGACGACUUGGACACUUCCGACGGCGGUUUUCAUUUUGACCCCAAAGAACUGAGACUCCAGAGGGAGCAGUCCCUGUUGAGCGCUCGGCGGUCUCCAAUACUGGGACGCCAUAGGGAGCAGGAGCGCAUCCGCUACCCACACGUUUAUGACUCUUACGCUGAGGCCAUCAAGACCUCGGCCUUUAUCGGAGGUUCUAAGAUGCUGCUGCCAGAGGGGAUCCGGCGGGAGAACAGUAAGAUGUUUGAGGAGGUGGAGAUCCCACCCAGCGAGCCCAUGCCCAUAGGAUUCGAGGAGAAACCUGUCUACAUCUCUGAGCUGGACGAGAUUGGCCAGCUGGUGUUUAAAGGGAUGAAACGGCUGAACCGGAUCCAGUCCAUCGUCUUCGAGACAGCCUACAAUACCAACGAGAACCUGUUGAUCUGCGCCCCUACGGGAGCCGGCAAGACCAACAUCGCCAUGCUCACCGUUCUCCACGAGAUCCGCCAGCACCUGCACCCUGGUGGAGUCAUACGCAAGGACGAGUUUAAGAUAGUAUAUGUAGCACCUAUGAAGGCCUUGGCUGCCGAGAUGACUAAUUACUUCAGUAAGCGCUUGGAGCCACUUGGCAUCUCUGUCAAAGAACUGACUGGAGACAUGCAACUGACCAAAGGGGAAAUCCUCCGCACUCAGAUGCUGGUGACGACCCCAGAGAAGUGGGACGUGGUGACACGAAAGAGCGUCGGCGACGUGGCUUUGUCUCAGAUCGUGCGGCUGCUGAUUUUAGAUGAGGUGCACCUGCUUCAUGAAGAUAGAGGGCCUGUGUUAGAGAGCCUGGUGGCCAGAACACUCCGACAGGUGGAAUCCACUCAGAGCAUGAUACGCAUACUGGGGUUGUCUGCUACCCUGCCCAAUUAUUUGGAUGUGGCAGCCUUCCUGCACGUGAACCCCUACAUUGGCCUGUUCUACUUUGACAGUCGUUUCAGGCCUGUUCCCUUAGGCCAGACCUUUGUUGGAAUCAAGACCACUAAUAAGGCUCAGCAGCUGCAUGACAUGGAAGAGGUUUGCUAUGAAAAAGUCCUACAGCAGAUUAAAGCUGGACAUCAGGUAAUGGUGUUUGUCCAUGCCCGUAACGCCACCGUGCGUACCGCCAUGAACCUGUUAGAGAUGGCCAAGAACCGUGGGGAAGCAUCCUUCUUCCAGCCAGAGCAAGGUCCUGAUUACGGCCAGUGUGAGAAACAGGUGCAACGGUCCAGGAAUAAACAGAUGAGGGAGAUGUUCCCUGACGGAUUUGGGAUUCACCAUGCUGGAAUGCUGCGGCAAGAUCGUAACCUUAUGGAGAGCAUGUUCUCACGAGGUUACUUGAAGGUUCUCGUGUGCACAGCUACGUUGGCCUGGGGAGUGAAUCUGCCUGCUCAUGCAGUCAUCAUCAAGGGAACUCAGAUCUACGACGCCAAGCGAGGCGCCUUGGUGGACCUCGGAAUACUGGACGUGAUGCAGAUUUUCGGGCGUGCCGGGCGACCUCAGUUCGACAAGUACGGAGAGGGUACCAUCAUCACCACCCACGACAAACUGAGUCACUACCUGACCCUCCUCACCCAGCAGAACCCAAUCGAGAGUCAGUUCCUGGAAAGUCUACCUGACAACCUCAAUGCUGAGAUCGCUCUCGGGACAGUCACUAAUGUGGAGGAAGCAGUGAAGUGGCUUAGCUACACUUACCUAUAUGUGCGAAUGAGAGUCAAUCCACUGGCCUAUGGCAUCAACCAUAACGCUUAUCAGAUGGACCCAGGACUGGAGCUAUACAGGAAAGACCUCGUGGUCCAGUCGGGGAGGAAACUGGAUAAAGCUCGUAUGAUUCGUUUCGAAGAGCGCACAGGCUAUUUCGCCUCCACCGACCUUGGCAGAACAGCCAGUCACUUCUACAUCAAAUAUAACACUGUUGAGACCUUCAAUGAACUUUUCAACGCACAGAAAACCGAAGCAGACAUUUUUAGCAUCGUGUCAAAGGCAGAGGAGUUUGAACAGAUCAAGGUGCGAGAUGAAGAGAUGGAGGAACUGGAGCAGCUCCUUGAUCAUUUCUGCGAGCUGCCAGCAGCCGGAGGCGUGGAGAACGGCUACGGCAAAAUCAACAUCCUGCUACAGACUUACAUUGGCCGUGGAGAGGUGGACAGCUUUUCCCUCAUUUCUGACCUCUCCUAUGUAGCUCAGAACGCCGCCCGUAUAGUGAGAGCUCUCUUUGAGAUCGCCUUGAGGAAACGAUGGCCCGCAAUGACGUAUCGGCUGCUCAACCUGUGCAAGGUGAUUGACAAGCGUCUGUGGGGCUGGGCACACCCCCUCCGUCAGUUUGCAGUUCUGCCCAGCUCUGUGCUGGCCCGCCUGGAGGAGAAGAAGCUCACAGUGGACAAACUCAGAGACAUGCCCAAGGCUGAGAUAGGUCACAUGCUGCACCAUGUGAACAUUGGUGUGAAAGUAAAACAGUGUGUCCAACAGAUCCCCACCAUACAGAUGGAGGCCAGUAUUCAGCCAAUCACACGCACCGUGCUGCGGGUGCGCCUCACCAUCACCCCAGACUUCAAAUGGAAUGACCAGGCGCAUGGCUCAGUUGGAGAGCCUUGGUGGAUUUGGGUGGAGGACCCCAUCAACGAGCACAUCUACCACUCGGAGUACUUUCUCCUGCUGAAGAAACAGGUGGUAACAAAAGAGGAGCAGCAGAUUGUCUUCACCAUCCCCAUCUUUGAGCCCAUGCCCUCACAGUACUACAUCCGUGCUGUGUCUGACCGCUGGCUGGGCUCUGAGAGUGUGUGCGUUAUCAACUUCCAACACCUCAUCCUGCCAGAGAGACACCCUCCACAUACAGAGCUCCUGGACCUGCAGCCUUUGCCUGUUACUGCUCUGGGGAACAGAGAGUAUGAGAGCCUGUACAAAUUCACCCACUUCAAUCCCAUUCAGACCCAGAUAUUCCACACGCUCUACCACACCGACACCAACGUCCUGCUGGGCGCGCCCACAGGCUCAGGCAAAACCAUCGCCGCGGAGCUGGCCAUGUUCAGGGUCUUCAACAAGUACCCUACCGCUAAGGUGGUGUACAUCGCUCCUCUAAAAGCCCUUGUCAGAGAAAGGAUAGAGGACUGGAAGAUUAGGAUAGAGGAAAAGCUGGGCAGGAAGGUGGUGGAGCUGACAGGUGAUGUAACUCCUGACAUGCGGGCUAUAGCUCAGGCUGACCUGAUUGUCACUACACCAGAGAAAUGGGAUGGAGUGAGUCGCAGCUGGCAGAACCGCAGCUACGUGCAGAAAGUGGCCAUCCUCAUCAUCGACGAGAUCCACCUGCUCGGGGAGGACCGAGGACCGGUCCUGGAGGUUAUAGUGUCCAGAACCAACUUCAUCUCGUCUCACACGUCCAAGUCCGUACGCGUGGUCGGCCUCUCCACGGCCCUGGCCAACGCUCGAGACCUCGCGGACUGGCUGGGUAUCGGACAGGUCGGUUUGUUUAAUUUCCGACCCUCUGUGCGUCCAGUUCCAUUGGAAGUUCACAUCCAAGGUUUUCCAGGUCAACAUUACUGUCCCCGGAUGGCCAGCAUGAACAAGCCUGUUUUCCAAGCUAUUCGCAGUCACUCCCCUGCCAAGCCCGUCCUCAUUUUUGUGUCGUCGCGGCGACAGACACGCCUCACGGCCCUGGACCUGAUAGCCUUCCUGGCCACGGAGGACGAUCCUAAACAGUGGCUGCAUCAGGACGAGAGAGAGAUGACAGACAUCAUUGCCACGGUGCGGGAGUCUAAUCUAAAGUUGACACUGGCAUUUGGAAUCGGAAUGCAUCACGCUGGUCUGCAUGAAAGAGAUCGAAAAACUGUUGAAGAACUUUUUGUUAACUGUAAGAUCCAGGUUCUGAUUGCCACAAGCACACUGGCUUGGGGAGUAAACUUCCCUGCCCAUCUGGUGAUUGUAAAAGGGACAGAAUACUUUGAUGGCAAAACAAGACGUUAUGUUGAUUACCCCAUCACAGAUGUGCUGCAAAUGAUGGGUCGAGCAGGCAGACCACAGUUUGAUGACCAGGGGAAGGCUGUGAUCCUGGUGCAUGAUAUCAAGAAAGAUUUCUACAAGAAGUUCCUGUACGAGCCCUUCCCUGUCGAGUCCAGUCUUCUAGGCGUGCUCUCGGACCACUUGAACGCCGAAAUCGCCGCUGGGACCGUCACUUCAAAGCAGGACUCCAUGGAUUACAUCACCUGGACCUACUUCUUCAGACGUCUAGUCAUGAACCCCAGUUACUACAACUUGGAAGACAUCAGUCAUGAGUGUAUCAACAAGUACCUGUCCAAUUUGGUGGAGAGAAGUCUAAGGGACCUUGAGUGUUCUUACUGCAUUGAAAUUCAAGAUGACGACCGUGCCAUUGAGCCACUGACGUACGGACGCAUUGCCUCCUAUUACUACCUCAAACACCAGACCAUGCGCAUGUUUAAGGAGAGGCUGAAAGCAGAGCUUCCUGUUCACGAGCUGCUCUCCAUCCUGACGGAUGCGGAGGAGUAUGCGGAACUGCCGGUCAGACACAAUGAGGACCAGCUGAACAGUGAGCUGGCUCAGCGACUCCCCCUGCAGGUGAACCCUCACUCCUACGACAGUGCCCACACUAAAACCCACCUGCUACUCCAGGCCCACUUCAGCCGCGCACAACUGCCCUGCAGUGACUAUGGCACCGACACCAAAACUGUCCUGGACAACGCUAUCCGAAUCUGCCAGGCUAUGUUGGAUGUGGUGGCCAAUGAGGGCUGGCUGGUGUCUGCUCUCAGUGUCUGUAACCUAGUCCAGAUGAUCAUUCAGGCACGGUGGCUUCAUGACUCCUCCCUACUCACUCUGCCACAUGUAGAACAACAGGACCUCUACCUGUUCAGGAGGUGGAGUUCCAGAGGUGGAAGGGGUGGAGCAAGAGGGUAUCAUGGACCAAUCGAAGGGCUACCUGAACUCAUCGCCGCUUGUGAUGGAAAGGAAGAAACUUUUGCCACGAUGGUUAGAGAUGAGUUUCAGCCAAAUCAGAUCUCCCAGGCAUGGAGCUUUCUGAGUCAUCUGCCAGUAAUAGAGGUAUCUCUGAGUGUAAAAGGCUGGUGGGAGGAGUGUGAGGAACAAACUGAGCGUUGUUUGCCAACCAGUGUCUCCAAUAUCAGAGACGAGAGCAGUUGGCUGUCUGUGCACGCUGACCAGGAGUACGUCCUCCAGGUGUCACUACACCGCAUCAACAUAGGCCAGCAGAGAAGGAAGCAGGACAGCAGAGCCCAAGCUCCACGUUUCCCCAAGCCAAAGGACGAGGGCUGGUUUUUGGUUAUGGGAGAGGUAGAGAAGAGGGAGUUGUUGGCUGUCAAACGUGUGGGAUAUGUACGCAACCGCAGUGUGGUUUCCGUGGCCUUCUACACCCCAGAGAAGACAGGGAGGUGUAUCUAUACACUUUACCUGAUGAGUGACAGUUAUCUGGGCCUGGACCAGCAGUAUGACAUUCACUUGAAUGUAACACCUGCCAGCAUUGCCUCUCAAGUCAACACAGAGGUGUCUGACACCAUGGACAAAAUGUCCAUCCAGUGACAUUUUAUCCCAGCCAAUCAGAGACGGACCAUCAUCCAUGGAUCUGUGGACUACCCGAAAUGACUAUCAAUCACCAGAUGAACAUUUCCCACCUCUAGCCUCAAACGGGCGCACCGUUGUGGACAGGACAAGCAACCAAAGUGGCCUUAUUGUAGGCUACGACCUUUACUGACAAAAGAGUCUUCGAAACCCAUAAAUGCCAGUGCAAAGGGAUAGCCCUUUCUCUGACAGUUUUGUUUGGACAGAGCUUAAAACA